UAUACACAAACACAAAUCGAGCGCUCCUCCUCCGCUAGCAUGAGGAGAGUGAAUUUCACACACCGAGCAGGCCGCCAGCAAACGGCCAGAUUUAAAUAAAUGGGAGAGACACAUCAGGACGCGGUGUUCAGUGUCGUUUCCGCCGCCUCGGACCAGCCUCUUCACCGAUGUUUGUCCGGUGGCUGCUGCCUGUGCUCUGGGCUCUGUCCGCAGAGGCAGACUUCUUCCAGUUCGAGAGCAUUUCCAAUGUUUCCGCUUACUAUUUUAAUUAUAUUUAUUGCAACAUAUGGGAGGGGGAUUGUCAGCCUAACCAAGACGAUGCUUCACAACAAGCAGCGUUCGUGUGUGGUUUUCUUGCUGUUGAUGUGACAGUUCCUACCAGGGACCCGUGGGCAGGUUUUCCUCAGGACUACAUUAGCCUGCUGCAUCAGUGGUACUGUAGCCUGGGCCAGUGCUGUGAGUCUGGAGACUGCAGGAUAACCAACAACAUCACAGGUCUGUCAAGGGACCUUCAGACGAAGCUCCACGGGCAGCACUUAGUUCAGUCUGUGGUUCUGAAAGCCAUUCAGGGUUUUAUCAACAACCCCGAGUCCAACAAGCCGCUGACUCUCUCGUUCCACGGCUGGUCCGGCACCGGCAAGAACUUUGUGGCCCGGAUCAUCGCAGAUAACCUGUAUCGUGACGGGGUGAAGAGCGAGUGUGUCCGACUGUUCAUCGCCCCGUUUCACUUCCCACACGGCAGGCUGGUGGACACGUACAAGGGCCAGCUGAGAGAGGCGAUCCGGGACAUGGUCCUCCGCUGCCCUCAGACUCUGUUCAUCUUCGAUGAAGCCGAAAAGCUUCACCCGGGCCUGAUCGAUGCCAUCAAACCCUACAUGGAUCACUAUGACAACGUAGACGGUGUCAGCUACCGCAGAGCCAUCUUCCUCUUCCUCAGUAAUAUUGGUGGAGCAACGAUCAAUGACGUAGCUCUGGACUUCUGGCACUCGGGUCAAAAUCGGGAAGACAUCGGUAUGGAAGACCUGGAACAUCGGCUACGAGCUGAAACUAUGGAGUCUCAAGGUGGAUUUGCUCAGAGUGAACUGAUGUCCGGCCACUUGAUCGACUUCUUUGUGCCAUUCCUGCCUCUGGAGUAUCGCCACGUCAAGCUCUGUGCGCGGGACGCCUAUGUGGCCCGAGGCCUGGAGGCGGACGAAGCUACGCUGGAUGAGGUGGCCAAGGCGAUGCUGUAUGUCCCCAAAGAGGAGAGACUGUUCUCAGCCCAGGGAUGCAAGUCCAUACCCCAGCGGAUCAACUUCUUUCUCCCCUAGGAGGAGACAGAGACAGACACACAGAGAGACCUGGAGGAGGUGUGAGAUUGCUUUACCAGCCCAUCAGCAUACAGAGGAGACGUGUCUGCUCUGCUCUGCGUACGCCCCUCACACACACACACACACACACACACACACACAGAUACAACACGUGUCUGUCCAGGUCCCUCAGAGAAGGCCGGGCAGCAGGACAGAGUCAGCGUAAGAGGGGAAAGCAGCACGAGCCGUCCUGCAGAUACAGUAUGAGAAGUGCCAGAUGGUCAUCACUUCCAGUGUGGCUUCUCCUCCUCACCUGCCUGGUUUGAAACUUCACGGUGUCAAGACUCAAAGAGAAUUGAAGAUGGCUGUAUCAGUGGAUGUGUGAUGUAUGUCAGUGGAAACUUACUUCUUUAUUGUCAUUUUUAUUAGUUUUGAAAGGCUUGAUGCCGAGCAUACAUGCAGUGUAUUAUUGUUUCCAGGACACAAGAACACAUGGCAUGUGUUUUAUAGUGCGGAGGCAGACGCUUAUACAUAAAUCCAGUAAAAAUAAACAAAGAACAGAGGGAAAAUAUGUCAUACAUGUAUCAUACUGUAGGCUUUCAUAGUCGGAGAGAAGACUGAUAUCAAUGUAGAUAUCUUCCCUUUUAACCUAAGCCCAGCACCUGUCUCACCAGACCCCUUCCUCCUGACUGCCACUUGUUCUGCUGCAUUCAUAAGAUGCUUUUUCCACCAUUGCACUAACCCAAGUUCUGGACCCUUUGUUAUUUCCUAGUGUUUUAAAUAACUCAGCAGACUUAUACCCACAAUAAGAGCAGGCUCACUUAGAUAUGUUUGGUAUAUGGGGCCAGCCCCUCAGAAAACAUAGCCUAACUUUAGACAUAAAGGGACUUAAAAUAUCUAAAAUUACUACCUAGAUCCAAAGUGGUUGGUACUACAUUCUCAUGUCCAGUGUCAGACAGUCCCUAUUUCAGCUUCACAUUUCCAGCACAGCUUGUUCAACAGCUUCAUCCUAUGGAUUCUCAGUGGUGUGUGACAGUAUCUAUGCAACAUCUCUUGAGCUUUACCCUUGUGUCUUCCUCAUCCGGCCACAAUUUAAACACCUUUUAUCACAUUCGGAUUUCAAUUUUUAGAUUACGAGACUCAUUAGGCUUUGUCGUUUCCCGUGGUAGUUCCAGAUAGUUUGUAAUUGUGUCAUCAGCUGUAUCAUAAGACUUUCCCCAGUGAGACCUUUAAUCUGUUUAGUAGUGGGUUAAUAUUUAACAUUGCCAUUUUUCCUGCAUCCUGAGAAAGUUUGCUGCUGAGGUAUUUCAUUCCCUUGCAGACCCACAUAAAGUUGAGUCUUUCUUCCAUAAAUGGCGUACAAAAUUUGGAAAGGGACAUUGCUUCAGUUUUAUUCCAGUUGAUAGUAUAAUCUGAUGGUUUGAAAAUGGUUGGAUGGUGUCCAUCAGAUGUGUUGGGGACACAGUUGUCACUGCUAGAACAUUGUCUGUGUGAAUAGGUAGGAACACAUUUUUUGUUACACAAUUUAUGUCUGUUCACCUCGGUUGUACUUUUUUAUGUUUAGAUAAGGUCAUACUUCAUGUGUUAGGAUUUGCAUGUCAGACAUUGUGCUGAUAGCAGCACUGAUUAUUUAUUUGUGCCAUAUUUGAGCAUCUUACUGUACCAGAUUAUUUUUUUGUGGAGGUGUUUGAAUGCAUAUUUGGUGGUGCUGUAAGCCAUGAGUAAAUGUUAAGCGACACUGCGGUGUGAACAGUAUGGAGUGUGUAACAGCUAACGUACCUGGUGCUGUGAUGCAAACGUUACUUGAAAUUGUCAAAGGAAAACAUGUCAAAGACAAUAAAUUGUGUAAAUAUGUUUAAUGACAGUGCUUUUAAUAAUUUAUUUUUUAAUGUUCGUAGUUUGACUGAUGCACGGGAACCUGACAAAUGUCAGGUAUCAUCAACCUUAUAUAACAUACUGCUGUUAAUGUGGGGCAUAGUUAACAAAUAUGUUUUUAUUUUUAUUGCUUUAUUGCCAUCCUUUGUGUGUUAUAGUACCCUCUCACUGGUCUGAAUUGUUAGCUUUAGUGAUUUUGUUCUCAAGAGCUCAGGGUCAUAUCACAAGAAGAACUGAAUGAAGGAAUGUCAGAAAUGGUUUUAAAAAAAAUAAACUUCCACAGUAAACCAA